CGAGGAUUAACAUGAACAGACAGAACGGUGUCAAAGCUCCUCCUCGGGACAGCGCCAUGAUCCCUCUUCGAACUUCGCUCCCUCACCGCAGGACGCUCACCGGCGGCGCGCCCGGUCUGUUUGAUCCCCCCGGCGUCCUUGCCACCUCGGCCACUCUGCGGUCGUUCGAGAAGCAUGUGUCUAUGUCACGGCUGCCGACUGCGAGGCAAACUGCUGCCUUCGUCCCCCAUCUGCAUCUCAACAGGGGCGUGCCCGUCAAAUCUUCGUCGGUACUUACGGGAAGGCGAGGCGCAGCGGGAGGGAGGAGACGGCGCGCACUCUCCCCGCUGUGUGUGUGUGCAUGUUGACUGCAGAACUUGUUGCGGGAUAUCUCUCCCCGAAACCACGUAUCGCAAAUCAUGAGGGAGAAAGGGGGAAACCUGUUCGCCUCGGGGCUUCGCAUCUAUGAGCGGCUCGGCCCUGCCAACCCCGAGGAUGACGAGGUCGACACGAAUCGGGGCAAUGACCACCACAUGGCUACAGGUCCGACACACAUAUGGAACCACGAUAAGGCGGCCAAAGAACGCAAGAGGAAGGCAACACACCAGGUAGGUCAGAAAGGGCCUUGUAUGCGCAUACCUGUCUGUCUCCGUGUGAGUCGUGUCGUCUCGUGCUUCCUCUACCUACGGCUGCGCCGGAAACAUGCAGGACAUCUUCCCCAACGAGCGCAGCCGAUUGACCCAGAGGCAAACGGACGAUUUGGUCAACCGCCUUUAUUACCUGCGCAUCUCCAAAAAGCAGAAGACGCAACACCAGGUAAGAAAUCACCUGCGUCGGCUUCGGGCGGUCUGAGUGUCCUGUGUCUGUGUCUCUGUGUCUCUGUGUCUCUGUGUCUCUGUGUCUCUGUGUCUGUGUCUGUGUGUGAAGAUUGCUGCUGCUGCGCCGGAUGCUCAUCGGCGUGUGGCUGAGAAGGCCCGUGUUCGUGAGCCUCGUGAGCCGGAUGUGUGUGAAGUUGAUAUGGGGCCGACGGGAGCUGUUGUCGAGGAUGUGGAUGGGGAGGGCGUCGAGCCCGCCGAGGAGGGUGAGGUGCUGCAGGCGCGCAAGAACAUCGCACGGACGUAUGUCAACCACUGCAUCAAACGUAAGCGUGCAUCGAACAACAGGUGGUUACGGUACACCUCUUUGAUCAAAUGGAUGGCAUGCAUGGCAUUGAUCGGGAACGUGCCUGUAGACCACGGAGGGCUGACGUUGAAGCCGAAGGAGGGCAGCCUGAUGCCCAACCGCUUCUAAACCGCCAAAGACAAACCGAGAGUAUCCUGUGCAUGUGACGGGUGGGUCUUCAUCCGUACGCACGGCAAGGGAAUGAUCAAUGACUCCGUGAUCGAGGAUCGCACUCGAUGUGCUCCUGAGACAUGAAUGAAUGAUGUUGUGGCACGACACGACAUUAGUUGGUGAACCUCUCUUUGUAAGUACCGCAGUGUGUGUCGAGGCAGGGGCCGAAGAGCCGAACCGAGGCCGGCUGUACACGCAUGCAUUCCAUCGACCAUGGUGUGCGGAACCAUCCGUCCAUCCAUCCCUCCAUCCAUCCUAG